AAGAUCUCCCGAUUAUAAUUCCACCGAACUCAAUCAUUCACAAUCAUCAACGAUCCAACAGGAGAAUAGGCCUUUGGAAUCUUUGCGUAGCGUGUUUAUCAGGAAACAAUUGUCAGACAAGGGUUUUUAUGAAGGAGCUUUCAACCUAUACUCUGCAGCUUAUGAUUCAGAAGUGUCAAAAACGGUUUCCUCAAAUAUUGGAGUAUGGUGUAAUUGGUGUAAACAAAAGAACCAAGAUCCCACUUCUUAUGAUUUGGGACACCGACCUCCUGCUGACCCCAAAAUCUGUGAUAUACCUAAACUCCGAAACUCCGAAACUCCGAAUAUCGAAUCAAAUCCUAUAUUUCCGUAA